GCCAAAGCACGCGCCGGGACGGGGCGAGCGCGCGGCGCACCCGCCGCACCACCCGAGGCGUGCGCCCGAUCCCCAUCCGGCGGUGCGCGAUCGCCCCGACCGAACGCGGAGACACGGAGCCGCCCCCCGCACCCCAGGAGCCUGGAGCUGCUGAGAGGACUUUACCGCCUCGCUAACCCACGUACGCUGAGAGCCGGUAUCCUCACCACCACGCCUAGCUAACCGGACCCGACCCCUUGGUUAGCUCGUGGUCGUGGGUCACCCGAGACCCCAGCCCUUGGUUGCCUGCGCUGCGCUUUAUAUACUAGGCCUCCGCUCCGGGUGGCCAUUGGCCGGGCUCCAGUGCUGGGCGUUGUAUGAGAGGUGAGCCUCCCGGUGGAGCGUGGGUGGUGCUGGGUGCCGGGGAUGAGCUGCAACGGGUGCCGCGUGCUUCGCAAGGGGUGCAGCGACGCGUGCGUGCUGCGGCCGUGCCUGCAGUGGAUCGACGGCGCCGAGGCGCAGGGCCACGCCACCGUCUUCGUCGCCAAGUUCUUCGGCCGCGCCGGCCUCAUGUCCUUCCUCACCGCCGUCCCCGAGCCGCAGCGCCCAGCGGUGUUCCAGUCGUUGAUGUACGAGGCGGCCGGGCGGACGAUCAACCCUGUGAGCGGCGCCGUGGGGCUGCUCGGCGCGGGCAGCUGGCAGCUGUGCCAGGCGGCGGUGGAGACGGUGCUUCGGGGCGGCGCCAUCGGGCCGCUGCCCGAGUUCGACGGGGGCCGCGACAACACGUUUGCUCUGGCGGCGACGGCGAGGCGGGCCGUGGGGUGCUCGACGUUCUCCACGGCGAAGCGGGGGGCGCCGACGAGGGCGAACGUGGGGGCGGCGCCUCCCGUCCCGCCGGAGCCGUCGUGCGACCUCGGGCUGUGGCUCAGCCCCGGGUCGUGCCCGGCGCCGGGCGAGCGGCGGCGGCGGCGGCCCGGCACGCCGUCCAUGACCUCCGAGGAGUCCGUGACGACGACGAGCGGCGGCGGCGGCGGUGGAGGGAGGGAGCCCGAGCUGCUGAACCUUUUUGUCUGAGACUUUAGCUACACCGACGGCCUGGCUAAAAGGCCAGCGGCCGAUCAUGUUUCAUGUGGCGCCCCUCGGCGCGCGGUGUGCUGUAUGCUUGAUCUGAUCCCGGCGAAAACGUCUGUCUAGCUAGCGGCGUCUCGCCGGCGAGGUACCUGUAGUCUUCUUCUUCCUUUUUUUGGGCGCGUAGAAACCAUGGGCCACCACCGCCCACCGGUGCCGGCACCUGCCUGCCUGACUCCGUCCGUCAACUGUUUAUUUUGUUUCUUCCCAACUUUGUUGGCAAGCACAAAGCAGCGUCACCGCUCCGUCGCUGAAUAAUACAAUUGUAAACCAAGGGUAAAGCGAAGCGUCGA